AAAGCUUUAACCAUUACUAACACCUCCACAAUCUCUCUCUCUCUCUACUCGUAUGUGUGAUACAGUCACACAUAUGCACACACACAUGCAUCACAUAUCCUAUGUGACAACUCGCAGAUUGCUUCAAAACCUGGAUGAAACAUUUCAGGGAGAUUUGCUUCCAGGUCGCACGAGAAAUUCCUUUCCAUAUUUGUUCACCACGUUUGAAAGAGAUCGCACCACGGAACAUCUUAGAGGCUUAUCAUAUGUAGACAGAAGACAAAUUUGAAGAAAACCAAAGAUACCAAAAAAGCAUGAGAGAAAUACCGUUUGAUUUACAGUGUGGACUGCAGUAAUUCAAGGACAGGAGAGAAAGACAACAAAGCAAAGAGAACAGACACAGAACUAAAGUAUUUGAGCCUCUAAGAUGCCACGACUGUCCUCUGGCUGUCCUCUGACUGGCAAGUAAAGAACUUUUAUGCUGCCUCUGGUUCGCGCUCUCUCUCACACGGACACACAACUCCACAGAUCAUGGCUGACCAUACUUCAAUUCAUCCUUCCGAAUCACUUCCAAGUCCCUUUCCAGCCAUGUACCGCCUUCAGGCAUUAGGUCAUCAAAGGUCAAACCAUGGCCUUUUCCAGAACAGGCUAAACCAAUAUGGAGACAGUGGUAACCUCUUGUGUGAGUCCACUGACAACUGUGCCACUUCUGGAACUAGUAUGAAUAGAAUUGAUGAACAGAUCAGCUCUGCAUAUUGGGAUUUGGAGUCUUCAGUGUCAUCUCAGCCUAUACCACUGAAUAGAACCAAAGCCCACACUGGAGUAUAUGAGGAGGAGUGGAAUUCUAAUUCCCAGCAACAGGAUGCAAUGGAGGAUUAUGGUGCCACAAGAGGAAAUCAACAGAAACUUGACUCCUUCUCUGAGGCAUUUUAUGGCCGAAACAUUUCCAGUAUUACCAGCGGUGGUGAUCACCGUGAAUACAACAUGGCUUCAAAUGGCUCCCCUCCACCUCUCCCCUCUCUCUCCUUCCCAUUGGUACUCAGUCCGCCACCUACACCUCUACCCCCUCCAUCUCUCUCCCCUCCCAAACGGGCUAUCCAUCUUUCCGCUACACAGACACUGAACCACGCACAAUCGCAGUCCCCUUCCCAAGGUUCCUUGCAUUUCUUUCCACCCCUCCCUUGUACCAGUUCUACUCUGUCAGGGGGUUUUCCUGCUGCCCAGUGGCAUGCACCUUCUAUGGAUUCUAGUGGGAGUGGAGACAUAACACAGCAUCUCCAUCUAGACACAAGCCCAUCUGUGAUCUACCAAGAUGGACUGGGAUUUCAUCUAAGAUCAACAAGCGCUACAGAGAGAGAUGCAGAAUACUCACUGGAGACCUCUCCAUGUUCACCUAUGGCGCAGAAUCCACUCCCACAAUCUAUUCCAGAGCUUCAGCAAGAGCAUGACCCUGAGACCUCUGAAGAUCAAAUGGCAUGGUCUCAGAUGAUCCCGUCAUCUCAAUCCUUUUGCCCCCCACUCCAACAGUCUCCUGCUCUGACAGAGGCACUGAAAGUGGACGAAGAGCUGAAAUCCACUUCUGGCCUCCAGCGAACAUAUUCCUUAUGUUUUUCCAGCUGCCAGAACACUUCCUCAGACAUCUACACUGGAGUGCCUUUUCACAGCAUGCUCCACUCAGGAGUAGUGAGGGAUGACUGGGAGAACUCAAGAUUUCACUACACUCCUCCACCCAUGCUAAACCCCACUCGGAGCGGAACAGGGCUCUACUGCAACCUGCUGCUUCCACUGAACAACAGGGGACUGGUAUCAGAGGAAAGAGUGCACCGCAGUCGAGAGAGCCACGUGAAUAUAGGAACUGAGUUUCAGGCUGAGUUGCCUGACUUGCUGGAAAGGGAAGAGCUUGAGGUGUGGCCAAAAGAACCACUCCGGGAAGAGUUACUUUGGAAACCAUGGGCGGAGUUAGAGGAGAAUGAUGUACUACAAGAGCACGUGGAGAGUCUUCUAGAUCUGAGCAUCUCUGCUGCUUCACCUGGAGGUGGCGCUAACCUGGAACUUGCCCUUCAUAGCCUCUCAUCCUGCCAAGGCAACAUAUUGGCUGCUCUGGAGAUGAUUUUCUUCUCUAACUCAACACCCUCAAGAGACUACCAUUAUACUGGCAGUGAUGUCUGGCGGUUGAGUGAACAAAAGUUGUUCCAUAAAGCAUUCUCCCUGUAUGGCAAAGACUUCUCCUUCAUUCAAAAAAUGGUAAAAACAAAACGAGUUUCACAAUGUGUGGAAUUCUACUAUCACUUCAAGCGGCUCCAAGAGAAACAGAGGAAGCAGAAGCUGAAAGAUAAAGAACAGCAGCUACAGUUGGACAGAGAAACAUCUGUUACUGCCACUAACCAAAUUAUGAUGCCUUCCAAGAUAAUGAACCCUAUAAAUGUAGAAAGAAUAAUUCAUGCACCUUCAUUGGCUACAAGCUUCCCAUGCAAACAGUGUGGAAAGAUGUUCUACAAGAUCAAAAGCAGAAAUGCUCACAUGAAGAUCCAUCGUCAACAGCAAGAGGACUGGAGGGAAAGAAUCUAUCCAACCACCCACCACAACCUGACCCAGGCCCUCCAAAACCAGGCCCGAACCAUGAUGCAUCCAAAUCAUCUUGUUGCACAGACCCAUCAAACCCACAAUCUGAUCCAGAACCUGGUGCAGUCUCAGGCCCAGUUAGCCUUUCUCCAGAGCAACAAGACCCCCAGUGCUUGUUUCACCACAGCUAUUGGCAGCAUGGGCCCCACUCAGAGUCAACAGGCAGCACCUAAAACCCCAGUCCUGCCACUGUAUUCAGGGCAGCAGCAGACAUGGGGUUCCCUUCAUGGUAACUUGGACUCUGGCCUGUAUUUUGACUGACACAAAUGCAAAGGGGGAGUUGCAUGUUUAAAAGUCUAGAGACGUUUAUUAAAAUUUAGAACUUCUAUACCUGUAAUCUGAUAACUGACUCACUGCAUACAUUUUUUAGCAAUUUCAGAAACUAACAUUUCAGAGACUGACAUGUAGAGCUAAAUUUUGUAAAUAAAUGAAUAUUCUUAAAAUA